AUGUUUCAAAAUUUAUUCCACUACGUCCUCAUUGCCACUACGUUGAGUACCCUGAAAGUAUCUGGAGUCGAUGGGGCCUUGGCGAGAAGGAAUAUUGCUUUGAAUGGAAAGAUCAGUGACAUAGGACAACGAAUCUUUGAGAAAAGCGGGAUGAGUGAGAUAAGUGAGGAGGAAAAAUUGAACAUUGCUAACGAAGGCUGGAAUAGAUUUCAAGCUACGCUCUCCGAUUAUGAUUGGGAUCGUUCAAAAGUCGAAAAAGGCCAAGGAUCGGAUCAUAAAAAGUUAAAAAAAGCUGCACUGAAAAGGAAGAAGGGGUACAUAACUUUCGAAGAUGGCGAGAACGAUGACCAUUUGCACAAUAUCAUGGCGUGUUUAUACGAUAACCGAAUUCCUGAGAUGAUCGUCAUACACGGUGGAAAUGGAGAAUUACGACAUGCAACUUAUAAAUGGUUUUGGGAUGCCGCACACAAACUUACUGGAUGCGAUGUUCCAGAACUCUUAUUAGGUGAAAAAGGAACCGAGGAGCCAUCUGUAUUUGAUUCAGUCGAAGGUAUGGGUGGGCUGGAGGAGACCUAUAGGCAACAGCUAGUCGCAAACCCCAUGGGUGCCGAAAAACGCAAAGCCAUAGCGCAACAGACUUAUAAAAAGGUUGCCAACCACAUCUCCAAACUUGAUCGGGUCCUUAUCGGCUUGAAGACGGCGCCAACGGACUUGAUGAAUGUGAUUAAUCUGAUGAAUAAAGUUGAUCCAGAGAAAGCCAAAGAGAAGAUGUUUGUUGUCUGGUCUUGCCCAGGUGCCUUUUCACUGAAUCAUAAGGAGUUCCCACUAUUGGCCAGAUUCAAUUUCUAUCGCAACUCUCAGGCAUCUGACAACCUGCUCAAAAGUGGCGUCAACAUGGUUUUGACUGGAAAUGAUUUGUAUGCUACCCGCGUAAGAGGAUUCGUGGAUGCUGAGUUUGCUGAGAAGAUGUCGACUAUAGAUCCCAAAUGGAUUGGUAUUGAAGGAUUUGAAGGCUUGAAGGAUCUCUCGGACAAAGCCCCGGAAGGGUCGAUUUUUGGUCUCUACCGUACAGUUCAGGAAACGUUCCAGGCCAGAAAAGUGGUUUACGGUGAAAGGUAUUUGACCUAUGUGAUCAAACCUGUCAGGGAUUGGUUGGAAAAGCUUAGGCUAAAUCCUCAAGAGAUAGAGACGGAAAAGAUUGAAAGGCCAGGUCCCGACUUGAAAAAAUCUGAUCUCAUGUCUGGCGAAGAGAUUGAAGACAAGUUGCAACGAUACGAGCAAGAAUUUGGUGGCAAGUUGAAGUCCAUCCUACAAGAUAAAAAUGGUCACCAAAAAUUCACACAAGAGAUAGAAGAGAUGAAAAAAGCAAUGGAUGAUCUGGAUCACCGUGAAGGACAUCUUGUUAGACGAUGGAAGCCAUUUGCGGACAACAAACAUUACCUUGAAGGAUGUACAGCUGACCCGCACCUAGAAUUUAUUCUCAAUCCUAACAUGCGAAAAUCUUCAGUCAAAGAGGUCAUUCCUGUGGAAGUGCGGCGUGAAAAUCCUGAUCGACCUGGCUUGUUGACUAUCAAAGUCAAAAAAGGUAGUAAUUGCUGGGUUGCAUCGGAUCUCGAUUCAACAGAUUUCCGCAACAUGUAUCAAGGAAUGAUCAAUUUGUUUGCUGAGCACAAGGACGGAAAACUCGAGCUUCCUUCGAUUGAAAUUUAUAAAGGUGCACAGUCCAGAAAACAAGGAGAACCUUUCAGCGUGUAA